CGCAGAACCCCUGAGACCGACUCACCGAACCCCUAGGGUUCGAUCGAACCCAGGUUAAGAACCACUGCCUUAAAAUCUAUCCUGAAUGCAAAAUUUUUUUGUUUUGAAUAAAUGUGUUACCAGCUACAAAUACUUAAAAUCAGAGCAAAUAACCAUUUCAUCGCAAGAUGCAGGACCUCGAACAUCAAAAUUCUCAUUGGGUUGUAAAGAUUUGACGACCUCAGUUCCUGCAAUAUCACAAAAAUAGGCUUUCUGGUAAGGUAACAUAUUAGGAUUAAACUUUUACAUUAACUGCAGCUUUCAGUAGUGUCAGAAUUUAGCUCAAUCCAUGUGUGCUUUUUUUGAAAGAAAACAAAAUGACCACUAUUUUAAUAAUCCGUCAGCAACGUUGAGCAUGAGUUCACAUGUUUUACUUAAAAAUGAAACAAUUCCAUAAUUCUUAAAGGUUUGUGAAAGACUUUCACAUUUUGAGAAAUUAAACAAAAGCUUUAAAUAGUUUAAACAAAAGUUUUUAAUUUUUGUAUAGGGCAUAGAUCCCAUGCAAAAAUUCUAGGUGCUAAUGCAUGAGUGUUUGGAAGACAUUUUAAAGAAUAGCCGCAUGGAACCACUUAAAGAGAUGGCUUGGUGGAGCUGCAAAGGGACAGUGUACAAGACAGAGUAUGGUCGGGCUCGUUGGCCAGCAGAACAUAGUGCGGGAAAUAUGGAUCGACCAUGGCAUUAGCCGCAAAACGUGGCAGAAUGGAAUCUGGGGGGUGAGGCAGGAAGAAAGGUAACCACGAGCACAAACGUGAUAAAGACAUAGCAAAGACAGUUCAGUUUGUGAUAAGGUUGGUGAUAGAGGCAUUUUUUUUUUUCUCCUUGGGAAGUAAGAUCGAGCGUGUUGAACUGCUGCACAAAACGGACUUCAACAACGCCGUGUAUAGGUAUCUACAUAUGCAAUAUUCUCAUAAUGGAUGCAUAGAAAUAAGUCAUGGCAAAUGAUAUGAAAGAUAAAAGUAUAUGUUGAAUUGUUUGUAAUGUUCAUAAAAAACCCCAGUCCUAAACAUUUUAUUUGCGCUGUUGGUUGUUCCUCACAUCUCAAAAUUAUUUUAAUUUUAAAAAAAAAUUAAAGAGUAUCUUAGACCACGAGUCAGAGAUGUCUUUCCUGUCGUUGUAAUGAUGAGCAGCGUCUUUUUUGGACAUUAUCAGGGUUUUUUUUUUUUCCUUUUAAUGUGGCUCACGAUAGACACUGAAAUUCCAUUUCUUCUUAUGCAGCUGCUUGUGUAGUGUGCAGUAAAUAUUUGUAUAGUUGCCAACAUUUGGCUUCAGUGAUCUUUGUGCUAAAACACACACGUACAAGAGAUCAGAUUAACUUUGCGUGUUGUGUGUGUGCGAAGUUGAGGAGAGUGCAUGAUGGCUGAUGAUUGGUCAAAAUAGUAGACUGUGAAGAUAUUUUAACCAAUGGGGUGAAGACAUUAACUCCGGACACGCAAAGUGUGCUCAAGUUGAUGCUGUGUCGCCAUUGUGUCCAGAUUAAGACACCUGCUUGUAGUAAUUUGACAUGGUAUCAUCUUAAUGUGAUCUCCUCGGAAAUACAAAGACACAUGUGUAUAAAAUUUAUUUUUUUGUAUUACAGUAAUGCACCAAUGAGGAAAGGUAUGUUUUGUUGAUGACAUUUGAAGAAAAGCGUUCGUGCGGAUUGCGAGUGUUACACGAAAGACUAGAAGUAGGAGAUUAAAAAAAAAGUGUUCGCAGAUUUUCAGGAAGCUCAGUAUAUCAGGCAAAACAAGACGCCCCAAAAGAAUGAUUUUGAGAUGGAAGGGAAAGAAAAGUUUUCAUCUGAAAGCAGGAGUGGUGCCAAAAAAGGAGACCAGAAAGACACACCAGAGAGAGACGGGGCAGUAAAGGACUACGAGUCGGAGCUAGUUAACUCAAAAGCUGCUGAGGAGUCAGAAACUCUGAGGGUCCCUUCCAUACCAGACAUAAACAUAUCUACAACAAUAUCAGAAGAGUUAAGCAUAUCAAAAACUUGUUCAGUAUCAUCUAACACUGUUACUUCUUAUAGCGCUAGUGCUGUUUCGUCUUGUCCUAAUUUAGUUGCUACCAUCACUACCAACACUUUAACAACCACUACUACAACAGUGUCUUGUAAAACACCCAAAUCUUCAGUUGGUAAAUUUGUGUGCGAGUCAAGAACCCCUGGUCUCAAAGAUGACACUCCUUCAUCCAACACUUUUAUGUCUGCUCACAGACAAGAGAUUGCAGCAGGAGGUUCCCAGGUGAUCUUAUCUUCAGAUUUGAAAACAGAGAUUGCAGAUGACAGCUCCAACAAACUGCUACAGGCUGUUCGGUCAAAGAAUUUGCCAUACCCACUGCCUACACCAUCAUACAGCCAGGCUGUGCAAGCGGCACGAGCAUCAGGCAAUGUCUUGUCUGAGAGAGCAACAAUAAUUCGAGAAACUGUCAAAUUUUUUCUUGCCUACAAGUAUUGGUGGACCAGUGAUGAUUAUGAUCAUAUUGCUGAAUUGGUUGUCAAUGAAUUUCCUGAACUACAAGACCCAUUUACCUGGCCAUCUCAACCUUGUUAUAGUAAGGUAAGGCUGGACCUUUCCAUGUGUGCUCGAAACAUUCGUCGGAUAGCCAAAAACCAUGAAAAAAGGAGAGGAAGUCCAAAGCUUCAGAGUCCUGGCUGCCAUCAGGUGGUGGAAGAAAAUAAUAAGCGAGUGACAAAUGCUGGAAAAAUUUCCCAGAGUAAAAUUGAAAUGCCGGAAUCCACAAAGAAGAUGGGCAGUCGAGCUGGGAAAAGUACAGGUCAACUGCUGCCACACACAGCACAUACAGCGCAAGCUAAAUCUGAUGGCCAGUUACUGGAUCACAACCAGGUUGCAAGUUUGCCCUAUUUGUUGACCUCUGCAGCCAGCCCAGCACCUACUGUUCUUCCACCUGUAGCCCACUUCUUAGGACACAGUCAAGGUCUCGGUGGCAUUGUCUUCCCUUCUCUUGCAACACCCAGUGCUGCAGUAACAGCUUCAUCAACUACCUCACCCUCAGGUGUCCAAGCACAUAUGCAGAUCACAGGAGUUGCCAACAAAGAACCAACAAUGGGCAUAGGUCUUUCAGGCCCCAAGUCGACAGGAUCCCAGUUUGAAAAGCAAGGUCGCCGAGAUGAUGAUUCUGCCUCUGUACCUUCAGCUUGGGAGCCUGACGUGCAGCUCCCCGACCCACUUCCUGUUCCGCCCUAUUCUGAUAAGGUAAUAAAAGCUCAGAAAAUGGGUAUUGUCAAGUAUGAGCGGCCACUCAUCAUCCGCGAGACAGUUCUUUUCUUUCUCUCCUUGAAGUACUGGUGGAGCAGUGUUGACUACGACCGUAUUUCAGACUUGGUGGUUGAGUACUUCCCAGACUUGAAAGACCCAGGUUUAAGUCCCAAUGUGCCACCAAAUCGCCGUGUGCGUGCAGACCUUUCUCAGACAGCACGAAACAUUCGCCGCCGAGAGGGAAUGCUACGUAGGAGAGAUAGCAAAUCUCCAGAAGACCGAUUUGCAGCAGUUGGCACUGUAACAAUGUCAUCAUUAAGUGGACAGCAGCCGUCUACAGAUUUUUGCAAUGAGCUUUUGACUGCUGCUAGCAUUAUUGAGAGUCGUCAUGCUGCCCUGUUGCACAAAGAACUGCCAGAGCUGAACGAAUCACAAAUGGAAAACCAGAGAGAUACUGCUGCUGAGGACCCCAGAGGUCAUGGUGCAAACUGUUCAAAAGGAGGCCAGCUACAAGCACUAAGUGAUGGGAUGUUAGACAGUUUAGCCCGGAUUCAGCACGAUGAAAUCAGGAGAGAUGAACAGACAAAAGAACUCCCAGCACCUUUUUCAACCUCAGGGACAGGAUUAAAAUUAUCUCAUGCAUUGUUGUCUGAGACAGCUGGAUCAAGUGAGUUGGAAGCAGUGCACGAAAAAGUACUUAGGGAUGUUAAUAAACGUGUUGUUAAAAGAAGAAAGCUGUCAGAAGUCCAGGCACACCCAAAUCAGAAUGUGGCAGUCUCUCCUGCUGGUUCUUUAGAUGUUGUGAUUAAACAUGAGGUGGAUGAUAUGGAUAGAAGUAGAUAUGAGGAUUUAGGUGAUGACCAUUCCUUGGUUACACAGUCAUCCCAGGCUUUGCAGAACAUAUCUGCUCAGAUGUCUCAGGCUUUGUCAGUGCAGUCAAUGAAAGCGCUAUCAGCACAGAUCUCUCACACACUCACUGCACAAGCUUUGUCUGCUGCUUGUAUUUCGGACCAUUUGAUGUCUGCACAGCUGUCAUCUCAUCCUUCCCUUAUUCAACAUACAUCUCCACCAGCAGCGCAUCAGAAUACCCCAGCCACAUCCAGUGCAGCUGUUAAUUCUCUGUCGCUUCAACAGCUAUCACCAGCUCACAUUUAUAGUUUGGCAGCUGGAGGAGGAGUGGGCACCAAAGAUGAACUUAGCGAAGCCGCACAUGCUGACCGUAUGUCAGCCAUGGCAAUGUGGCGAUCAACAUGUCUCCCGGACCCCUUGCCUACUCCUCCUUUUUCAUUGAAUGUUCUUCGUGCCAGGGACUCUGGCAACACAGCUUCUGCUCGUCCUCGUAUCAUCCGUGAAACUACACAGUUCUUUCUAGCCAUGAAGAUGUGGUGGACCACUCAAGAUUAUGAGCGCAUUGCAGAACUGGUCUUGCGGCAUUUUCCUGCCUUACAGAGUGUUCAAAAUAUCAAGAAAGAUCUUGGGACAUGUGCACGCAAUAUGAGACGGCGCUUACCAAUUUCCCGUCAUAAACCCUCAGCAUACACAAAGCAGUGGUGCAGCCUUCAGUCAACAGCAGAGAGCCAUGGAAAGGACGCAGACAGCGAUGACCAAGCAAAGGGGUCAGGACUAACACUGGGAGAGCUGGCAACCAUGGCGAGUCUGCGAGAAGCUGUAGGACAACAAGGACAUGAAAAAGGAAUGCUUGGAACUGCUGGACUAGCUGUUCUUACUGAAGAACAGCGCCAGGCUUUGCUGGCCCACUCCAUGUAUGAACAAAGCACUCUCGCUUGGAAUGCUUUAUACCAGCAGUUUUCCCUGCCUUCAGAAACUUUGUCCAGUGGAUCUCACCUACAUGGAACAAAGCGAAGUUUAAGUGAUACAUGUGCAUCAAGAGUUUUAGAAUCUGAUGAAAAUGAUGAUGGAUGCACUGCUUUGAAGCGGGCGUCAUUAUCUCAUCCACUGUCCAAGCAAGUACUUGCGAUGGAAGAAAGAGAAAAGGUGCCUGUUGAUGGCAUGUCGGAAGGAAUUCGACCUGAUGUGAAAAUGGAGCCUGUAGCUGUGGGAAAUCGAAGACGAAGUACCUCUGAUGCAGUUGUAGGAAACAAAACACAUUCAUUGUUCCGACUUCACAGUAGUCAGUUGCCAUCAGUUCAGAGUGAAAGAAAUGUAUCAGUAAAUACACCGCCAACACCAUCUUCUCCAAGGCCUUUAAUUCACGCACACCAGAAUCCUGUACGAGCUCAUUCUCAAUUAUCACAAGUGAGACCUGAAUUGAGUAACAUUGAGGAAGCACCAAUUAAUUUGACCUGUGGUAGUGACACAUCCAAGCAACAAAAUUUAGACCUUGAAAGGGAAGAUGUAAAAGCUGAUUUCAAGCUGGCAAAGCACAAAAACAGGACUAGCAGCAUGGACACAUUCAGUGCGCGUGAGCAAGUCUGGUUCCCACAUGGAUCUCCUUGGAAGAAAAGUGGUCAGAACAUAUUCAAAGCUCUUCCAAGCCCUCUGCCAGUUCCAAAGUACUCACAGAAGCUGCUGAAGGCAAAAGACGAAGGCUUAGCAUACCGACAUCGUUCUGAGAUUAUCCGGGAGACUGCACGCUUUUUCUUAGGUUUUAAAUACUGGUGGUCAAGUGCGGACUACAGCCGCAUAUCUGAAUUGGUCGUCUCUCAGUUUCCAGACUUAAAGGACCCAGUCAUCCACCCUGGCCAACCACUAUAUCGACGUGUCCAGAGGGAUCUGUCCAUGUGUGCCAGAAACCUUCGCAGAAAAAAUACAAGGCGUCAGAAACUGACACUAUCAGAGAGUUCACGAUCUCCACGUAAAACGAAAGGGAUUAAAGCUGAAAAGGACUGGGAGAUGGAGGCAGAUGUUUUAGAUGCAGUUGGUUCAGCCCAAACAUUGAGGAGUGAUAGCACACAGGGGGCUAAAGAGUCUAAAAAUACAGCUGCAUACAGCAUCCAAGAAUAUAAAAUGCCGUCGACAAACAAAGUGAAAAGGGAGAGAAGUGACAGCAGCAGAGAUGUUACACCUGUUAGUCAUAGCGUGGCAAGCACAGGCUUGUCAGGUAGCAUUUCAGCUAGAAAUAGUGUUAAAACCACGGCAUUUACAACCAUGCCUACAAAUACCUCAUCUUCCACAGUCACUUUCGCAUCAAGCCAGCCUUCUCAUUUUUCUUCUGCAACAGCCACAACAGUAUCAUUUGACUUGGCCUUAGGCAAUGACUAUCAAAAUACUUGCACAAACGGUCAUUCUGCCUCCAAGCCUGGACAGUCAUUCCAAAAUUCCCUAAGCGCUCCUCGUUCUGAGACUGGGAAACAGAAAAAAACAAGCUCAUCUGUGUCCUCACCAGCAGUUACAAGCCAGCGCCACACCUUGUGUGUUGAUGAGAGCCUGCGCAAAUCCAUACUACAGACUGUGAGCUCCGCACGCUAUAGAAUCCCAGGCAGUCAUCACCCACAGGAUCUCCAGUGGGGGCACAGUGGUGCUUCUCACUCACAGGCUGGAUUCUCUCGCUCGCCAGAAAAUGAAGUCAAGCCAGUGGCUAAUGCUACGACUACUUUGAAUGAAACACCACCAUAUCCUGAUCCCAGAGAUUUAGGCAGUAGUGUUUCAAACAAAGUUUACAUAGACCCAGACCAUGGUUCGGAGCUUCAAGCACAGCUGAAUAAACUUUGGCAAGAUGGCAAGUUCUUUGACGCUUCUUUAGAAGUGGAUGGGUGCAGGUUACCGGUGCACAAGCUGAUUUUGUUGGCUGCCAGUCCAUAUCUGCAAAGCACUUUCCGUCAUGCCAAUCCAACUUCUCAGCUAGAGGUCAAUUUGCCUCGAGCCACAGGUGUUAGUGCAGCAAAGGACUUCCUGAAAUAUGUUUAUCAGGGAGUGCUGCAUGUGGGUUGCGACACUGUGCACGCUCUGCGCCGCAUAGCCACCAUGCUUCAAAUGGACAAGCUCCUGGCUUACUGUGAUGACUACCUCUCUCUGCUUGCCAGCAGCAUUAGUCACAGUACUUGUCCUAGCACACUACCACAUGCUGCAGCACAGGUAUCCAAAGUGUCUGUUAACCUGCGUGAUGUUGGUCAUCAUAACAAUCUCCUUACCCCAAGCCAGAGUAGUGGUGACCUGUCAACACAAGCAGUGGAAGCCAACAGUCCUAUGUCUAUUUUAGGCAGCACCAGAAGCCAGCUGGCACAAGUGGCUUUACCAGGCAUGGAACAUUCGCUAUCUGUCUCAGCCACAGCUGUACAUCAUGAUUAUCGCUCUCAUGGGUGCAAUGGAGAACUGAAGAAUGGAAAUGAACAACACAGGCAUGUUGUUCUGGAGAGGCGGGGAAUGGCACCACUAGUCAUGCCUCCUAAAAAAAGUGUAAAGCAACCUACUGAUGUUGUGGUAGGUGUGACAUAUACUGGGAGUGAACUGAGAAAACUGGCAGAGGAACUUGACCAGGCUGGAAGUGAACAGAAGACGGGUAGUUAUGGUCACUUUCACUUGACAAACAUUUCACCUGACAUAUCAGAGAGCCAGGAUCAGAUAGAGCAGGCAUUGCCUUUACAUCUGCAUGGUCAAGAAAAACAGGCAGCUAGUCGUGGCCACAUCUCCUCCGUUAUCCAGCGAGGUCCGAACAUGACCAGUGCUUCACACACUGUUGGUCAUGCUGGAACCAGCGGCAUCCUGGUGGGUCAGGAUGGAGUGGUGCAGUUUUUGUCAGAUGGCAGUCCAUCUCAGCACAUGGAUGAUGCAGACAGGGUAGGAACUGUUUUAGCGCAGCCACAGGUUGAGGAUGUGAUGGCCAUGUUGCCACAUGGUCAGACUGAGGUGGUCAUAGGGAGAGCAUCACAUGUCCAGUACACGGACAGCAGUGUGGAUGAGGAAGUUUUGUCCUCUGCAUCUUUGCAGCACUUGACAGAAGAUGGAGGCGAUGUGGUGGAAGUUGUUGUUGGUCCUGGUGAUCUGCUGCAGGAUGUGGAAGUUGCUGCCUGUGAGACCGUGGAGUGUAGCCUUCUACCUCAGACCUACUGCUCUAGUCCCACUGCAUCGCAUUCACACUCUCCAAGUCUUGACAAAGACCCUGCUCACUCCCUGCCAGAGCUGACAUCACACUGGCCCCCUGCCUCUUACCAAAAUAGCCCUCACUUUGACAUGAAGCGAGCAGCAGACCAGUGGGAGGUUCUUCCUGCUUCUGCUCAUUCCAUAGCUGUCACCAAGCAUGUUGUGAUGGCAGAUGACAGUCCUGAUGCAGACAGCACCCAUCAGAUGGAGCAAGUUGAUUGGCAGGAAGAUCACACCAGCCAGUAUCGGCAGCACUGCAUGCCCUCUGCCUCAGUGUAUGUAGCACAGUCACACUCUGACGUUGCUGCACAGAUGAUGUUAUCUUCACAUCAUUGCACAGUUAAUGAAAGUCACCCACAUUUAGGUGAUAAUCCAGAUGGCAGUCUCUUGCCUCAGACAUAUCGCUCCAGUCCAGAACAGGUAUCAUCAGAAAACAGUCAGUGAAAUUGUUAUAUGUUAUUAAGUGUCUCACAUGGAGGCACUUAUUUUUACUUUGAGGAAAAAAGAAGAAUACAGUUUGUCUUCCGUCAGCAAUGCUUCAACACUGAUAGAAAGACUGAAAAGUGCAUAAAACAAAUGAACUGUGACUUGUAAUAAAUGAGUGUAAUAAGUAAAUUGCCAUUCCAUGUAGGCUGGAGAUCUCUCUAAGGAUUCUGUCGUGUAACUUCAGUCUGGCUUCUUGGUGAACACUGUUAAUACAAAUAUAAAGAAAAGAGACUGUACAGAAUGAACUAUGGUCUGAAGGAACUGGCAGCCUGCAGUCUGUAAGUGUGCCAUUAUGCAGCCAGCUCUGUGUACCUGCCCAGCGAGUCCCUUGUGCGCAGCUGCUUGACUGAGUCUGUAUCUGUUAACAAGACAUUUCCCUUCUGGGACCAGUAGUUAGCUUGGAGUCUGUUGUACCUGACCAGACCUUAGUUGCCAAAUUCCUGCCUAUGCCAGUUCUUUUUGUGUGCAACUUGUUUUUGCUUUUAUUGAGUUGUUUUUAGCCUCUUUUUUGCUGCUGAGUAGCCCAUAUCAGGUCUGAAUGUGGCAAAGAACUUUGUAAAGCCAUCCAUAUAUGCUGUGUGGUUUCAUUGCUAUUUUGGCACUUUGCCAUUUCUAGGAUACUUCUAAAAGUAUAUAUUUACCAAAAUUUGUUAAAAAAAUAUUGUUAUCCUGAUAAGGAAGAAUUCUUCCACUGCCUUUAUGCCCCAACCAGCUCCACCCCACUUGCUCUUUUCAGGAAUAUGUCGUGUUUAUAUCAUUAUUGUGCUCAUCAAAAUAUUCAAUCAAGUUUGGAGGCUGUGCUUCUGCUAAAAGGAGUCUUCCUUAUACUUUUCUAGAACUUUGACCCUACAGUCUGAUAAAUAAAAGCUACUGAGUUCAAAAGGUGCUGCUGAGGAUUUGAAGAACUGCGCGAGAUUUGCAUGUUGAGACUGGCAAAACAGCUUAGUAAUGUUGCCUCAUUUUGUUGUAGGAUCACAUAAUAACUACUCAUCAAAACUAAUUUGGAACCUACUUGAGUUUUUCCGAAAGAGCACUGCAGUUAAAAUGUAUUUCAGAUUCACUGUUAAGUAAAAAAUGGAUAUAAAUUCAUAGUAAUUUUUUCUUUUAAGAUCAUAUAAAAACUUUUGCUUGACUUUUUUUGAAUAGUGCUUUUCAGAAUACUUGAAUUGAAAAAAAUUAUGAUGUAGUGCUUGAAAAGACUAUGCAUAUACAUUACAAUGCUGGAGUGAUGCUCAGGGUAUGACAGGUUGAGUAGGAGAUGAAUACUGUCAAGAUAUUUUUAGGGAUUCACUUGUUAGUCUUUUAGGACGACUUUGUAAAUAUACCCUUUGAAGGAACUGCAGGGUCAGUUCAAGAGCAGAUGUAUGUCAGCUCUCUUGUUGGCAGCUGUCAGCUUUGUUUUGAAAUAUUAAUUUUUUUCUUAUUUUUUAUCAUUAUAAAAAGUCUUUUUUACCAACUUUUCAGAUAUCUAGCUCUUUUGAUUGUUCUUUUGUUUUCAUGCAUUUUGAUUAUUCAUCCUUGUAAGAAAAAAGGAAGCAAGGCUUUUUUCAACAAAGAAAAUAAAAAAAGCCAUUUUGUUAUUGUGCAGUUUUGGUGAUACAUAUCAGUUUUGUAAAAAGGAAUUAUCUGGAUAUUGUUAUUGCUGCUUAUUUUGCAACUAAAAUAUAUGUUAAGGUGUUUUUCACUGGAUAAUAUGUGCAGUCCGCCAAUGAAAAACCAGUUUCAGUAGCCUUGCCUGGUGGAAAUAUUGUAAACUGAGGAAGCUUUACACAGACUGCGGUGCUUUUAGGGGUGUUUGUCUUCAUUGAGUUAACCACAGCUGAAAAGUGAACAGGUUUGUGUUAAUUAUGGGUAGUAUUAAGAGUGGUUUCAAAAGCAAUUUGUUAUCUGCUAGUUUUAACACAGCUAACCAGCUCAGGGUUAUUAGUAUUUUAAUACUGACUCUUUGGUUCAGAUAAUUAAAUUUAUCCAUUAAAAAGUGGACCCUUCUAUGUUAUACAGGGGUAUAUGUGUAGGUUGGCCCACAGGAAAUGUAAUGAGUUUUUCCUUUUAUCUGUGCUGUAGUCUACCCUGUGUGCUUAACUCACAUUAUUAUGUUCAGCUGAUUCUGGUGUUCUGUGUGUUGUAGACAAUGCAAUAAUAAAUAUAAUAAAAAGUGACAAAGGGUAAAAGAGCAAGAAACAAAAAAAAGGUGGCUGAAACAAAAGCUUUUAUACACAUACCAUACACAUAAAAAUACUCUGAUAUAAAAGAUGAAUACUUUUAUUCUGUAUUGUCUGAAAGUAGAGUGAAAUUCCUCCUGACAUCUAGCUUUCAGUGACAAAUAAUAUUGACAGGCUUGGCAAAAUCCAACAAAACAAAAAGAGAGAUCCCUAAUGUCAGCAGUUGACACUCUCAGUAAUGUUGCUUUAAAUAAUACCUUGUAUUUUCAGUAUAUGCAUAACGCUGUUGUUAUAGUAUACUUCACAGUCCAUGGAUGCAAACUCACUCUAUUAAGAAACAGACUGAAGUCAAAACAUGAAGAAACAAGAAAGAUUUAAAGCAACAGAACAUUGGUUGAUAUGCUGGACACAAAUCAAAAUUGUAGAAAGAAAAAGUGAAAUCACAGAACUGCAAUGUGUAAUAAAAGGUAACCAAAAUUCAAAGCAUAAAUGUGUAAUUGUAGGACAACUGUGAUAUAUCAAAUUAUACAACAUUUAUUGGGAGUUUUUGGUGAGGGAUGGUGACUCAGAAAUUCAGCUAGAUUCCAUCUGUGAAACCUUGAUAGAAAUUUUCUUUUAAAGAUAGUAACACGUCCUUGUGCAUUUUCCUUUUUAUUUGUUACAUGCAAAUGUCACCUCCUCAGCCAAUCAACUAAGGUUAAAAUAGGUCAGAUCUAUUUCCAAGCACGAUCAUGUUCCUCAAAAAAUUUAUGACAAAUUUUGAAUGUGUAUCCAUGUUUUAAAAUCUUGUUGUUUUGUGCCAACGCAGGUGAGAAUUAGUUUGGCAGACUUCUUUAUGUUCUCAGGUGAAAGAGUUCAAGGAAAAUAUUGUAAAUAAAUGUAAUUGUUAAUUCUCAGGAUAUAUUGAUUAGUAAGAAAGUGUGGGAUAAGUAAAAACAAGAAGACAACUUAUGAAAGAUGGUUGUAGUCAUUUUCACAUGCAUAAAAUGGUUUGCAAAUGAAUGACAUAAUGUUGAAAUUUUUUUUGUGAUGGGAGUCAUGGGUUACAAGUGAUUACCAUCCUUACAAAUUUUUUUGUUGGCAGACAUUGUAUUUUGGUUAGCAUUUUUGCAGAUUAUUAUGCAAAAAUAUCUUCAGUUUGGGAAGUAAUGGUUUUUAUUACAAAUGUUGACAGUUUCAGCUGCAGAGUAGGUAGAUUAUUUGAAAAAUAAAUAUUACACUGACGGUU